AUGUCCAAAGUUGACACAAGCACACUCAAGCGGCCUUCUUCACCGGGACUAGAUCUUGAUCGUUCCAUCAAGAAAGCAAAGGACAAGGCUACCGAUUUUCUCUUUGGAAAGGAUGCAUCUAAAGCCCCAUUCAUGAGAUAUGACAACUUUAACAUCUACAACCCCCAAUUUGUCACUUUAGAGUCGAAUGGGGAGUUUGUUCCCAUGGUUCCAGCUCAUCCUCAAUCAGCCUUGAUUGAUCCUGUUACCGGCCUUGUUACUCCACAAAUCACGCCUGAGGAGAAGCUUGGCGAUCCCUUCAACUCUAGCAAUAGGCCAGCAGGGGUGUUAGAGCAGGACCUUGUUCCUGGGCCGCUGUCGAAGAACCCUAUCGACAUUGUGCUCACUGGCGACAUCAGGCUUUUCAACCUCAUUCCAGCCAAGAUUGAGAUAUACCGAACUCUCACUGAGGCGCAGCCAUACACUGAGAUAGUCAGGCCAGCUAAGGGUCGCCUCUCGUUGGGAGAGUUUCUCCCCAGCCUCAAAGAUGGCGUUCUCGAUUCUAUUGUCUUGGACAAUCUGCGCUUUUGUUACGUUGAGGAUUUCGGAGAUCCGUUCUUGCCCUCUGGAGCAUAUUUUGAGACAGAUAUUGUGUUCCAAGGUGCUAUGCAGCCUGUUUCUGAUGCCCUUCGAGACUUCUUCGGUCAGGAUAAGCCCGCGCUUCAUUUCAGCGCCCAUCUCGGCGCAUACAGGGAUUGGGACGACCCUUGGGAUGUUGUCAACCUGGUUCUUAGUGCCUCUUUGGACCGCAUCUCUUUCAAGGCUCUCGGCAUCUUCGAGUGGACUAGGCUCGGUGUCGAAGUCUUGGCCUUUGCUGAUGUGGACUGCACUAACGACGUCAACCCUUGGUCCUUGGGCUUUGGCUUCUUUGGUGAUGUCAACAUGACAGUUCCAGGAUCGAUUGUACCCCUUCGAGCUACAUAUAGGCUUCGAAAGAUGUUCGACACGUACUCUCUCUUGGUCAGACUUCAAGACGACGAGUGGAAAGAUGUCUUUGGUAUAAGAGGUUUUGACCUGCAGCAAGUCCUGCUCUCCGCCACGCUAGGCAAUCUAUCCUCCAAUGACAAAACCUUCUCGUUAUCGGUAGAGGCUCAAAUGGUCUGGCACGAGACCACAGUUUCUAUAUCUGGUACCUACUCAAAAGACCACUACAGCUUGGAGGCAUAUGUCGGUAACCUGGCUCUCAGUGACCUAGAGGGUUUGUUCAAGCAGCUGACUGGAGAGGGAGAAUUGGACGUAUUCGACCACGACGUCAAGUUCAACUCUAUCUAUCUCCAGGUAUCAACUGAGGGGAUUGUGCUCUCAGGAAGCAUCACCAUCAAUGGUCACUCCAGUGCUGGCGGCUGUGUGACCAUCUCCAAAGCGGGUGUCUCCAUCACUGGUGGCGUCUCUGAUGUGUCUUUUGAAGGCUUCGAGAUCCACAAUGCUGAAUUCGAUGUCUUCAUCGGAAGCAAAAAGUCACAGGAGGAUUCAGGAGGACGCUCUACACGCUUUGCUAUAUCCGGCGAUGUAUCUUUCUGUGGCAUUGAUGUUAGAGCUGGUGUCUUUACGCAAAAGGACAAAGAUGGCCCACUGAAAUGGGCUGUUUAUGGAGAAGCAUCCGGUAACUUGAGUACUGCCUCGCUAUGCCCUGUCCUCAAAGACACGUUCUUGGAUGUGACAUUGUCAAACCUGGCGCUCGUUGCCAUGAACCAUGACAUGACAGUCGCUUCCUUCAACAAGCACAACUAUCCUCUAGCUAAGGGUGUCCAAUUCUGCGCAAAGAUCGAGAGCAUACCAGAGUUGGAGAGUCUUCUCAAGGGCAGUGUCAAGGGAACAGUACUCCAGGCUUGCUAUACCGGCGGGAAGUUCAAGCUGAGUCUUAUUCUCCCUGCUGCAAGGACAAUCACCUUUGGGGACCGUGUGUACACCGGGCCUCUGAGCCUUGGGAUUCACCUCGGUGCCAGCCCCACGGACAUCUUGCUAGUUCUCAAUGCUGAACUCAACGUUGUUCUCGACACACAGCCACAUCCCUUGGCAUUUGCUCUUGGCCUCAAAGCCGGGUACAGUGGUGCUUCGGCAUACGCUCAGAUGAUUACAGACUGGAUAAACCCAUGUGGCAUCGGAGAAAUGGGAUUUGCGGGACAGAUCAACAUCGGGUCCAAAGAGGCCAAGAUGGCCAUGAAACUCAGUCAAAACCCCAAGGAGCAGUUGCUGGCGGCUGCUGUUAAGGAUCUGGGGGUCGCAGAUCUUGUUAAGUUCGCCUCUCUCAUUGCAGAAAAGGAACUCCCUGAGCCGGAUGACUUUCUUCACUUUAAUGAUGUUGAGCUGUAUAUCUCUACUGGCACCAAGAUCGGCUUAACAGAAUACCCCCCUGGCGCCUCCUUGAAGGGCGACAUGACCAUAUUUGGCAAGCGUGCGAAAUUUGAGUGCACUGUAGGUUCCAUGAUCAAGCUAUUGGCCACAAUUGAGGCCUUCAACAUCGGGCCACUCCAGGUCACUGGCGCCGCAGGGCCGGAUCCCAUUGUGGACAUUGUGCUUUCUUCUGACAAGCAGACGGUUCUUAUUGAUGGCGCUGUGACUAUCAUGGGGGCAUCUGCUGCUCUUCACCUGGAAGCGAGCUUCUUACCAUCAACCACUUUCGAUUUCUGGGUGGAUCUACGUCUCUCAGAUCUAUUCAUGUUGAAGCUCCAGGCCAAGCUAACGGGAAAAUUCAAUGUGAAAGAUUUAAAAAGUCUAGAAAAGGCAGACUUUGCGGUCAAAGGUGUAAUGGAACAACACAUCAUUGAGUACAUAUCGCAGCAAGUUCAGCAGCAGAUUGAUGUCGCUCAGAAAGCCGCAAAGGAAGGCUUCGAUUCAGUCAAGGCCGAGCUAGAUAGACAAGAAGCAGCUUUCAAGGCAAAAUGCGAUGCGGCGAUUGCAGAGCUAGAGAGAGCUCGCGCCAUAUGGAACGAAAAGCGUGACCGCGUCAAUGGAGAAUUCGAACGCGUCAAGCAAUCGACACAUCAAACAGUCCAGGGCUUGAAGGACAGUGUUGGCCGUGCUGAAGCCUCCUGGAAGCAACUCAUCGCGGAAGUAGAGAGGGCUUUAGAAGAGGCGCGAAACGACGCGAAUGCUGCUAUCGGAUCUGCACAGUCUGAUCUCAACCACGCUCAAGAGGAUAGCGACAGAAGCAUUCGGGAGGCUCAGGAUGACCUGCAGAGAGCAAGGAAUGAUUUCGACCGAGAGUUUGGUAAUGCGGUCCGGGAUAUCGAGAACGCCCGACAUGACGUGGAACGAGCUCAGGGUAGUGUCAACGAUGUUAGGUGGUCAAUUGACCGCGUCAACCGAGAGAUUGAUGACACAUCGUGGUACAACUGCGGGGGUCUCUACGCGGAAAGGGCUUCUCUCGAGAUAGCACUCGUGGCCGUAGAUGGGAGCCUAGAAGUCGUCAAGGGCAUCUUACACGCCGCUGAGUGGGUGGUGCAGAGCACUGGCUAUGUCACUGCUGAGGCCACAAUCGGCACUGCCGUUUUCGCACUUGAUCGAGUCAGAGACGUCAAAGGCGUAGCUCUCGACGCCGCCAAGCUUGCGUUGGACGGCGUUCGAGAAACGCACAAUCUUGCCAUCGAGGCUGCGUCAGAGGCAGUGUCUGUUGCCAAAACUGCAAGCGAAGAGCUUCAUGUCUUCGAAGCGGCAAAAGGUGCUCUUGAUGCCGGCGAGAGUGCUGCACAGGGGGCCAUCAACACAGCGCAGGACGCAGUAAACGCUCUGGCUUCAUGUACCGAGUUUCUAGCGUUUGACGUGGCCGAGAAGGGCUUGCAGUUUGCUCGAGAUAACACGAGUGAGCUGAAUUUGGCACGGCAUGCGGUUGAGAUUGGUGAAAAGGCAGUGGAUAUCGGAUUAGACAUGGCCAAGUGGGCUGUCGACCAUGCUGGCAAAAUGUUUGACAUCCAGCUGGUCGAGUUUGAGGGGUCUAUCCAAGGGUUGGUAGGUAAUGGCCCUCCCCUCAGGGUCAAGAUAGCAGGUGUUGUGUUUGGUGACUAUUUUGUUUUUGAAUUGGUGUGGUCUCCUGGCUUUGAUCUCAUCAAGUUCAUCAAAGAGCUCUUUGCCAAAUUAUGGGAACUAAUUAAAGAUGCUGCGGCCUCGAUAAUGAAGUGA